GGCCACUCACACCCUAUGUGGCCCCACUGUAACGACUGCUCCAGACACACACACACACACAUGCACACACGUGUGCCAAUAGUGUGGCCUUGAUGUGGGCUAGUGUGCUGUGUCUGCUCUGAGUGUCUGCAGCUGGAGGCCAAGGCUGCUAGAAGAGAGGGAGAAUGAAAGAGGAGGAAAGGAAGGAUCAAAAGGAGAGGGAGAUACAGAGGCAAGGAGAGGACAGACACAGGGGUUGGGGAGGAGAGAACAUGAUACAAAAGGAGUUGGGCAAAGUGAAAGAGAGUGAGGAGGAGUUUAGGUGGGUGUAAUUCAUCAAAGCUAACUUGAUUAAGAUGAUUAGUACCACGAGAAUAAGGAGGACAUGAUGAUACGUGAUGACAGUGAGGUAGAGGAGGAGUAGGAGGCAGCAGGAGGCGAAGAAUCCAGAGGAGCUGAGUUGUGGCAAAAUGUGGCAACAGUCACAGACAUGGGCUGGGAGGCUGAAAACGGAAAAUGUGACAUGUUUUAGCACAGCAAGAGGGCCCCCAUUUGAAGUUGUAUGUGUGUGUGUGUGUGUGUGUGUGUGUGUGUGUGGGUGUAUGUGGGUGUGGGUGUGUCACUCAGCUGCUGUGUCCUGGUUUUGGAAGGGGUGGUCCCAAAAAGGCUUUACCGUACUGUACCAAAACUUAUUGGACGCGCUGUGCCAAACUAGACCAGGCCAGACCAAUUAAAAUCCACUUGACUUCAGGCAGCUCCCACUGAUUGUUUCAUUCAUAAUAAUGCAAGAGGAAGAGCAUGGGGUCAGGGAUUGCUAAAUUUUGCAGACCAAAGCCUCUCACUGAGGAGACACGUGAAACUUUCUGUCACAACUGAACAUCCACACCGCUGUUGAGGAAGAAUUAGAUACUGGGCUGACCCCAGUUCAUGGGGUGGAUGUACUUUUCUUCCUCAUCAGUCAUGCAGAGGGUACCAAAGCAAAAGGUCAGGGUGUGAGCCAAAACAUCUUCACCCAAUUAGAAGUCCUCACACAUCCCUAGAGGAUAAGAUGCCAUGGAGGCCACAGGAAGAACAGCGCUCUACAUCUGCUCUGUCCUGUUCGUCCUAACAGAGGUCCACUCUGAUUUCAUCCACAUCCCUUCAUUAGUCCAUCAUGGUGUUGAAGGGGAAUCCCUGCUCCUGUCUGUGGAGACACGCUUUCCACUGGACGACGCUGAGAUCCAGGGAACUUGGUCUCACACCAGGCCGAGUGGCACCAGGACCACAUUGGUGACGUUUACCAAACAGGCCACAAUCACUGACAUGAUGUACCGCAACCACCUCCUCUUCAAGGAACCCAAUGUUUCUUUGCUAAUUCAGAAAUUAAACCAGGACGAUGAAGGGGAUUAUCAUCUGAGUCUCAACAUAGAGUUUCAUAACAAGACAGGGCUGGUUAUUAAGGAGGAGAGAACUGUGCAUGUGACAGUGGAUGUGCCUGUGUCCACUCCAGUCAUUGAGAAGAACCCAUCCCAUGCAGUUGUUGAGGACAAGGCGAACGUAACUUUGACUUGUUCAGUUGAGAGAGGAACAAGAGUCGCGUUCCAGUGGCUGAGGGACAACAUCCCGUUGGGUCCCAGUGACAGAUACCACUUCUCCCAAGGCAACUCUACGUUAUUAAUCAUUCCUGUGAGGAAAGAGGACAAGGGAACUUAUCGCUGUGUGGCCAGCAACCCAGUCAGCCGGGGUCGACACAGCAGGGGCGUGGAACUCAAUGUUUACUAUGGCCCCUACAAUCUGGAGGUGAACUCAGGCCAGGGCCUGCGGACAGGGGAGGUGUUCACCAUCAACCCAGGAGAACUGGCCUUCUUUGAAUGCCAGGCUGAUUCCAACCCACCCAACAGCUACGUGUGGAUCUCCAAGAGCCGCAAUUCAACCCAGGUCAUCACUGAGGGACCACGGCUGGAGGUGCGGUCCUACAGAUUGGCCCAGGCUGAAGAGUACCUGUGCCGUGCCUUCAACAAUGUGACGCAGAAGCAGGACGAGGCCCAGUUUACUCUGGUGGUGGCCAGCUUAGGAACAGGGAAAGAGAAGCACACCCAGGAGGGGAGCUCUGUAUCUCCACUGGCAGCCAUCACUGUCUGCUCUUUGUUCAUCAUUGGCUGUAUGCUGCUGGUCUUCCUCAGGAGAACCUGCCAUCCAAAGAGAGUGCUUAUGAGCAUUUACAACAGACCGUUGUCAGAGCAGAAAAGACCUCAUCGUUCAGGUCAUGAAGAUGCAACAGAGGACUUUGGCAUCUACGAGUUUGUCUCCAUACCUGGGAAAAUGGAAUCUGCACAGGUGUCAUGCAGAUCUCUGGCCCGCCUGGAGUCCAUUCAGGAUAUGCACACCACCAUCUAUGAUGUGAUUAGACAUGUUCCCGAAACCCCCAGUCACAGUUUGCUGCAAUAACCUCCAGCCGGAGAGUCGAGAUGUAACUUACCAUUAUUUCACUUGAAGACUCUUGUGUAGCUUUAAUUUCUUAAGUCUCUGUGGUCAAAGCCUGAAACACUGGUUUUGGUGGCCUACUGUUUUUGCACAAGGGAUGAAGGAGACUAGUGUGAGUACACAACCUGAUCAUGCACUGUUAUUGUCCAGAGUUUGGGACAGAUUUUAAAUGUCUUUUGCUGACAUUAUUGUGAGAUGAAAAUGUAUGUAUGAAUGACUGAUUUUUUUUAUGUGACAAUAUAACUGAAACUGUUUUACUUUCUCCUUUCAAAAAUGGAGAUCACAUUAAACCAAACAAGGUAGUAGUAGCCAUUUUUACAUUAUUUUAAAAAUCUACCUAUUAGAUACCUAAAGUCCCACACCUUGAUCACUAUUUAAAACAUGUUUGUUGCCUAAUUUAAUUUUCCCCUAAAGAUAGUCUGUUGUAUGAGAAGACAAGUGUUAUAAUGAAUGGAUUUUCUUGUAUUGAAUAGAUUUAGGUUUAAUGUAUAUAUUGUACAUGGACAACAAUGCAGAUUCUUUAUACAUAUUAUUCUAUAUCUUUGUUUUGCUGAAAUCUAUUUAUUCCUAUAGAAACUCUUAACCCUGUUUCCACAGAUGUAGCAUUUUGUUUCUGCUCAACAUGGAUAUAAUGAAAUGCUGAAACAAGGAAACUGAUGAAUAAUUCUUAAAUUAUUGUACAGUUUGCAUUUACAUGUUUGUUUUGUACUUUAUUAAAGAUAAAACUGUUUACUA